GUCACGCACCCCAGUGCACCCUUACGUCCAGCUUUAUGCAUUUCGCCAAAGCUCUAUACUUUACCUGAAAUACCACGCUCUGCGCGAAUGAACGUUAUCUAAUGGCUCAAUGUCGCAAAAACCGCGAAAGCUUCAGCGCGUCUCCAUGGCCUGCGACUUUUGCAACAGACGCAGCAUUAAAUGCAGACAGAGCGAGGACCCCUUAGGGCGCUGUCAAAACUGUGUGGACUUCGAUGUGCCGUGCACCUUUGACCGUCCUUCAAAUCGCCGGGGCGUCAAGGCUGGCACUCGCGCGAGUGGUCGCGAUCCUCAGUUUGUAAGAACCUCCGUCAAUCAUACUAAUCUUACAGCAGCAGCGACUGCAAGUGGUAGAAAAGCCUCCGGCUCCUCAACUUCUCGCAGUCCGCACCGCGCAUCGAUCUCCGCUGAUCCCUGGUCUACCUUUAACCAUGGCUGGUCAGCAGCCGAGGGAGAUGACGAUAGUGGACUGCUGCACAAUUCUUGGAAAGCAUUUGCGAUUGCCUGUGACCGCCAAAUAAGGAAUCUAGUCCAGAUUUAUUCAGAGAUCGUCUAUCCAAUAUUUCCCUUGUUUCACAUGCCGUCAUUCAUAGAGCAAGUCAACAGCAAGCAGCAUCUUUGCAAUCAAGGACUCUUCGCCUCUACGAUGGCUGCCUGCUCUCUGGUCGCCGGUCGCGCACGUGAUGGUGCGUUGUACUCUAAUCGAUGGGACCGAGAAGAGCUGAUAGACCCACCCUCCGAGGCUUUUUUUAUAGCUGCUCGGGACUCGAUUCCUCGAGACCUUGUCGCAGCCAAAGGUAUUCAUUAUAUGCGGGCGUGUGCCAUACUGGCUAUCGCCAGCAUUCAAAACGGCCAGAUUAAAGAUAUGCAGAAGUAUUCCGGCUUAUACCAUACCUUGGCUUCGAUGGAUGGCCUUUAUGAUGAAAAACUGUGGCCAAAGGACUUGCGUACAGUUGAGACGGAGGAGCGGCGGCGUCUUUUCUGGUCCAUAUAUACGCUCGACAUCUAUUCGACCAUUGUGUGGGGUGGCGUUAUUCGAUAUCGUGAAGCUCAUUCUUUAGUGCGAUAUCCUAGCGAAGUAGACGACGAAUUCAUAACAGACCGCGGCUAUGGCGUGCCGUCCGUCUCCCCAGGAUCCAAUUCGCUUCUAACAAGUAACGUAACUGUCGUCUCCCGCCAGCCUACGCCCUGGAUGCGUGGUUGGAACUUUACCACGGACCUUUACCGUAUUCUUGAGCAUAUAGUCGAUCGCAAUAGACGCCGCUUCUCUUCGGCUAACGGAACGACACAAGUUUGGUCACUGUUUAACGCUUCAUCCAUGUCAGAGCUGGCUAUCAUGGAUCAGGUCCUCGCUAUGUACUCAGCUCUUCCGUCACAGUUUCGAGAAACGCCGCCCACUACAGGAGAUAUGUCCAAGGAUUUAUUCGGGUUCCAGUCAGCCAACAUUCAGGCGACUCUACAACUCCUUCGGAUGUUGCUUUUGUCGACCGAAGAAAUAGGGGUGGAGCGGAAAUGCGAUGUAGCGGGUGAACUGCUGAGCGUUUUUUCGAAUGUGCCCAUCGAGUACUUGAAAGCUAUCAGCUCCCCUUUGCUCCACCACCUCGGCGGAAUUGGCUACAUUCUUGGCUCUGUCAUGGAAGGGGAUUUGUCACAAGUAUCUUACAUGCGAGCUCGCACAUUAUUGCUUGAAAUGGCAGAUCUCUUGGAGCGUCUUGAAAUGGGUUCACAUCGUGCCUCCGGUGCCGGCGAACGACUACGGUCCCAGGUCGAUCGAAUAGACAGCUACAUGCGUACCUCACUUCUCCUGGAUCUAACUUCUUCAAGUGACGUGACGCAAGUAAUUGACGCAAAUCCCGAACUUGCUGUCACGUCAGCGUAUACACAGGGCACCGACCCCGUCGCAGCCUCGCCUGGUGCUGGUCUCGACCAGAUGUCCCAGUUUCAGCUGCCACCAGAACUCCUCUCAGAUUGGCCAUGGCCGAUGGCUUAUCACAAUGCAGAGGGGUUUCUGCCUCCGGCGUUCGAGUAAUUUCAUGUAUCAUCGGUUGAAAAGGGAGGGAAUCUGCAUCCACAACAAAUAGGCGCAACAUAAUGCGGCUGUACUUGAUUAUCCACUAUGCAAUUAUCAUGGCAAAUCGUAUGGUUGUACGAUGAGGUUUGAGACAAGCACAGUCUGUCCCAGAUGUUUUACCCUUUGGGCUUCAAACCCCUUCAAUAAAGUUACCCGGCCCGCAUCUCGAUUCAUUGCAUUUUAGCAUAAUUUAAAACCUCUCAGCGUUUAUG